GGCCAGGGCCAGAGAAAUCCCUUUUUUUUCCACUUCUAGGGGGCUGACGAUUGAAAGAGUUACACUUGUGUGCAGGAGCUCUGCAUUGCAGGAUAGCUCGGAGGAGCGGCAGAGAGGGGAACAGUGCAGAGAGAGGGUCACCGGUCCCGUCAGCCAGAAGGACCCGCAUCAGAACAACUUAUGGCUUCUUGAGAAAUAACGAUUAUCCCCUCCUUCUCUCUUUCUCUUGGGACUUUUGGCUUCUAGUUCUCUCCUGAUCGUAAGCGCUGAACAAAGUAUCAGUUGUGUGUCAGUCGAAAAAGUUGAAUCCACUUGCCGUGAACGUCACUGGCGGUCAUGGAUUCCCGAAUAAGAUGGAAAGUAAAACGGCGGAUAAGGGACGCUCAGAUCACUCUAGCGGCCAUUCUCCUGUUCGUCACGUCGCCGGCCAGCUCAGCUGAUCCAGCGGACCUUUUGAAGAUUUUAGAUUUUCACAGUUUACCCGAGGGAGUGUCGAAAACAACAGGCUUAUGCUCACAUCGGAGGUCAACAAACGGACCGGAUGUGGCCUACAGGGUAUCCAGAGAGGCCCAGCUCAGCGCGCCAACCAAACAGCUGUACCCAGGUGAUGUGUUCCCCGAGGACUUCUCCAUCCUGGCCACCGUCCGGCCCAAGAAGGGCAGCCAGUCCUUCCUUAUGUCGGUGUACAAUGAGCAAGGCAUCCAGCAGCUGGGCCUGGAGGUGGGGCGCUCGCCCGUCUUCCUGUACGAGGACCACACGGGGAAACCCGGCCCGGAGGACUACCCCCUCUUCAGAGGGGUCAAUCUGGCCGACGGGAAGUGGCAUCGCGUGGCCAUCAGUGUGCACAAGCAGACCAUCACUCUCAUCCUGGACUGUAAGAAGAAGACCACCCAGAGGCUGCAGCGCAGUGCCCACCCUAUCGUGGACACCAAGGGAAUCGUAGUCUUUGGAACCAGAAUACUUGAUGAAGAAGUCUUUGAGGGGGACAUCCAGCAGCUGAUGAUUGUAGCAGACCACCGCGCUGCCUAUGAUUACUGUGAACACUACAGCCCCGACUGUGAGGUGGCCGUCCCCGACCAGCCUCAGAACCAGGACCCCAACCCCAAUGAAUACAGCCCUGAAGAAGACAGCUACUACUAUGAGUAUCCUUACUAUGAUGAGCUGGGAAGCAAGCCCAGCUCGGAGACCGAGGAGGCUAAGGAGGAAAAGGAGGUCCAAGGGAGCCGCACGGUCACCUCAGAGAAGGCGAGCGCGGGUCCCGCAAACGUGGUGGCGUCCUCCAGUGCCAGCGCCUCGUCCACCGGCGGCACGGCCGCGGGCGGGGGGGCGGACGCCGACGGGGAGACCCCCUACGACAACUACGACAGCUACGGCAACUACGAGUCCUACUACGACGAGACCACGCCCUCCCUGCCGCCGGACGCGGCCCGCAGAGUCACCGUGUCCAGCAGCAGCGCGGCCGGGGGCUCCCUGGACCUCGGCGGAGGCGUGGACGUCCAGCCGGGCACUGGGGCCGGCCUGGAGCGGAGGGUCAUCUCCACCGGCGCCGGUUCUGACGGAGGAGCGGCGACGGCGAUCACCACCGACAAACCCGCCGUGGGAGACGCCUACGAUGGCGCCUACGGGGAGUACGAAUAUGAAGUAGAGGGCGACGCCACCGCCGGUGGAGCCGGUAGCACCACCACCCAUCUCGGAGGAGGUGGAGGUUCCUCCAGCAGCAGCACCGUCAACCUUGGCGGUGGAGUUGGAGGCUCAAGCAGCAGCACCGUCAACCUGGGCGGUGGAGUUGGAGGUGGUGGUUCCAGCAGCAGCAGCAGCAGCACUGUCGACCUUGGCGUUGGAGGUGGAGGUUCCAGCAGUAGUGGUACCAUCAGCCUUGGUGGAGGUGGAGGCUCCAGCAGCAGCACCAUCAUCCUGGGAGGUGGAGGUGGAGGUGGAGAUGGAGGUGGAGGUGGAGGUGGAGGUGGAGGUGGAGGUUCCACUAGCAGCAGCAGCAGCAGCAUCAACCUUGGCGGAGGCGGAAGCUCCAGCAGCAGCACCAUCAACCUUGGUGGAGGCUCAAGCAGCAGUUCCAGCACCGUCAGCCUCGGGGGCGGGGCAGCCGGAGGAGGAGGCGGCGCCACCGGGACGGGCGAGGGGGACUACACCGACCAGGGCGGCUUUAAGGAGGAGCACGUCACAGACUACACGGACCUGGACAAGGACAUCUACGAUGUGUACGGCGUAGACUACGACGACAACGAUGGCAAGGUGCUGCCCGCCGUCACCAACGGCGACUACACAGAGGUAAUCUCAUCUCGCGCAGAGAAGGGACAGAAGGGAGAGCCUGCAGUCAUCGAGCCUGGCAUGUUGGUGGAAGGACCUCCUGGGCCUGAAGGUCAAGCAGGUCUUCCCGGACCCCCAGGGUCUUCGGGCUCACCCGGCAAUAGCGGUGAUAACGGUGAGAGGGGUCCUACUGGCCGUCCUGGUCUUCCUGGUGCUGAUGGUCUGCCAGGCCCCCCAGGAACUGUCCUGAUGCUGCCUUUCCGCUUCAGCUCUGGGGCUGACUCUGGCCAGAAGGGACCAGCCAUGUCCGCCCAGGAGUCUCAGAUGCAAGCCAUCAUGCAGCAGGCCAGGCUGGCUAUGCGCGGACCUUCUGGACCAAUGGGUUUGACUGGCAGAUCUGGACCUCUUGGGUCCCCAGGUGUGUCCGGUCUGAAGGGAGAUUCAGGAGACCCCGGCCCUCAGGGGCCACGCGGACCCUUGGGAUCUUACGGACCCACAGGGAAGCCUGGAAGGAGGGGCCGCUCCGGAGCGGACGGAGCCAGAGGUAUGCCUGGACAGACCGGAACCAAGGGAGACCGAGGAUUCGACGGGCUGGCCGGGCUCUCCGGCGAGAAAGGACACCGGGGUGAAGCCGGACCUUCAGGGCCUCCUGGUGGACCAGGAGAAGAUGGAGAAAGAGGAGACGACGGAGAGAUCGGGCCACGAGGACUCCCCGGUGAAUCUGGACCCCGCGGUUUGUUGGGACCCAAGGGACCCCAAGGCCCCCCUGGACCACCUGGUGUCACCGGUAUGGAUGGCCACCCAGGACCCAAAGGAAACAUUGGACCUCAAGGAGAGCCCGGCCCCAACGGACAGCAAGGCAACCCCGGAGCUCAGGGACUCGCAGGGCCCCAGGGAGCCAUCGGGCCCCCAGGAGAGAAGGGUCCUUUAGGAAAACCAGGUCUGUCAGGAAUGCCCGGAGCCGAUGGACCCCCGGGUCACCCUGGCAAAGAAGGACCGAAUGGAGAGAAGGGACACUUGGGGCCAUCCGGCCCUCAAGGGCCCAUUGGUUAUCCUGGGCCCCGCGGUGUGAAGGGGGCCGACGGUGUUCGUGGUCUAAAGGGAGGGAAGGGAGAGAAGGGCGAGGAUGGAUUCCCGGGCUUCAAGGGAGAUAUGGGUAUCAAGGGUGACAGGGGAGAGCUCGGGCCAGCCGGACCUCGCGGAGAAGACGGUCCUGAGGGCCCCAAGGGACGCUCGGGUCUGCCCGGAGAUUCUGGACCCCUAGGACCCAACGGUGAAAAGGGUAAACUCGGAGUACCUGGUCUUCCAGGUUAUCCAGGCAGACAAGGACCAAAGGGGUCUCAGGGAUUCCAAGGGUUCCCCGGAGCCAAUGGAGAGAAGGGAACCAGGGGAACCGCUGGGAAAUCUGGCCCUAGAGGACAGAGAGGCCCGACCGGACCGCGUGGAGAGCGAGGGCCCAGGGGACCCACUGGAAAGGCUGGACCCAAGGGAAACUCUGGAAGUGAUGGACCUCCAGGACCUCUGGGAGAGAGGGGUCUCCCUGGACCUCAAGGACCAACUGGAUUCCCAGGACCAAAGGGCCCCCCUGGCCCAGCUGGAAAGGACGGCCUGCCCGGUCACCCUGGGCAGAGAGGAGAGACUGGUUUCCAAGGCAAGACCGGCCCUCCAGGGCCCCCCGGCGUGGUUGGCCCCCAGGGCCCGACAGGUGAGACCGGACCAAUGGGAGAUCGUGGCCAUCCCGGACCCCCAGGCCCACCUGGUGAGCAGGGUUUGCCCGGAGCAGCUGGCAAAGAAGGAGCAAAGGGGGAUCCAGGUCCCGCCGGCCCCGCUGGUAAAGACGGUCCUCCUGGUCUCAGAGGGUUCUCCGGAGACAGAGGUCUACCCGGUCCCGUGGGUGCUCAUGGCUUGAAAGGCAGUGAAGGACCACCUGGACCACCUGGCCCCGCUGGUUCUCCUGGUGAGCGUGGCCCCGCCGGCCCCGCUGGACCCCCAGGCCCCACCGGGCGUCCCGGACACCAGGGCCCCCCAGGGCCCUCCGGAGAGAAGGGUGGACCGGGAGAGAAAGGCCCUCAAGGACCCGCUGGUAGAGAUGGUAUCCAGGGUCCCGUGGGUCUGCCCGGCCCCGGUGGACCACCCGGACCCCCAGGCGAGGAUGGAGACAAGGGAGAACUCGGAGAGCCCGGCCAGAAGGGAGGCAAGGGGGACAAAGGGGAACACGGUCCGCCAGGACCUACAGGACCCCAAGGACCAGUUGGAGCCCCCGGCCCUGCUGGUGCGGAUGGAGAGCCAGGUCCCAGAGGUCAGCAGGGUCUCUUCGGACAGAAGGGAGACGAAGGGUCCCGAGGAUUCCCCGGCCCCCCCGGCCCAGUCGGACUGCAGGGCUUGCCCGGACCCCCAGGCGAGAAAGGAGAAACUGGAGAUGUCGGACAGAUGGGACCCCCAGGCCCUCCUGGCCCCAGAGGCCCAUCAGGGCCCUCAGGAGCCGAUGGCUCUCAAGGACCCCCCGGUGGCAUCGGAAACCCUGGAUCUGUGGGAGAGAAGGGAGACUCUGGAGAGACCGGGACCCCCGGUCUGCAGGGUGAAGUUGGCCCACCGGGUCCAAGAGGAGAACGUGGAGAGAAGGGAGAAGGUGGGCCUGCCGGUACCGCCGGACCCCCCGGUCCUAAAGGACCCCCCGGAGAUGACGGUCCCAAAGGCAGCCCUGGUCCUAGUGGUUUCCCUGGUGAUCCGGGACCACCUGGAGAGACUGGUCCAGCUGGUUUAGACGGUCCCGCGGGUGACAAGGGAGACGACGGAGAGGCUGGUCAACCUGGUUCCCCUGGACCUACUGGAGAAUCUGGACCCUCCGGUCCACCAGGAAAGAGAGGACCCCACGGUGUAGCUGGACCUGAAGGAAGACAGGGGGAGAAGGGAGCCAAGGGCGAGUCUGGUUUGGAAGGUCCCCAAGGAAAGACCGGUCCGGUCGGAGCGCAGGGAUCUCCUGGCAAGCCUGGCUCUGAGGGUCUGCGCGGCAUCCCUGGUCCAGUUGGAGAGCAAGGGUUCCCAGGAUCCCCUGGACCUGACGGACCUCCCGGGCCUAUGGGUCCCCCUGGGCUGCUCGGCCUCAGAGGAGACUCCGGUAUCAAAGGAGAGAAGGGUCACCCCGGUCUCAUUGGCCUUAUCGGACCUCCGGGAGAACAGGGGGAGAAGGGCGACCGAGGUCUGCCCGGACCCCAGGGAGCCUCGGGUCCUAAGGGAGACAACGGCAUCUCUGGUCCUUCUGGUCCACUGGGUCCCCUCGGACCUCCAGGAGUACCAGGUUCUCCUGGUCCUAAAGGAGCCAAGGGAUCAUCCGGACAAACCGGUCCUAAGGGAGAAUCUGGAGUUCCUGGACCCCCUGGCUCUCCUGGCCCCCCUGGCGACGUCAUCCACCCGAUGCCCAUGCACGCGCCCAUGAAGGGCCGCUCCCGCCGCAACAUCGACGCCAGCCAGAUGCAGGACGACGCGCCCGCCGCCGACGCCAACUACAAGGACUACGACGACGGCAUGGAGGAGAUCUUCGGCUCCCUCAACUCACUGAAGCUGGAGAUCGAGCAGAUGAAGCACCCGCUGGGCACCCAGGCCAACCCCGCCCGGACCUGCAAGGACUUGCAGCUCUGCCACCCCGACUUCCCUGAUGGCGCGUACUGGAUCGAUCCCAACCAGGGAUGCUCUCGGGACUCUUUCAAGGUUUACUGCAACUUCACCGCGGGAGGCGAGAGCUGCAUCUUCCCCGAUAAGAAGUCUGAAGGGACUAGACUUACGUCCUGGGCCAAGGAGGUCGCUGGGUCCUGGUUCAGUGAAUACAAACGUGGGAAACUGCUGUCCUACGUGGACGCGGAGGGCAACCCUGUGGGCGUGGUCCAGAUGACCUUCCUGCGGCUGCUGAGCGCCGCCGCCCGGCAGAACAUGACCUACAACUGCUUCCAGUCGGUGGCCUGGCACGACCAGGGCGCGGACAACUACGACAAGGCCAUCCGCUUCCUUGGCUCCAACGAUGAGGAGAUGUCCUACGACAACAACCCCUACAUCCGGGCCAUCGUGGACGGCUGUGCGCUGAAAAAGGGCUACGAAAAGACAAUACUUGAGAUCAACACACCAAAGGUGGAACAGGUGCCAUUUGUUGACAUCAUGUUCAACGACUUUGGCGGGUCAGCUCAGAAGUUCGGCUUCGAGGUCGGCCCCGUCUGUUUCAUGGGCUAAGACUUUACUGAACAAGUGGAGGAGGGAAGAAAAAGCAUAUUUUUGUUUUUUAACAAAAUCAUUGAAAGUAACAGGACAAUUUAUAUUUGUAAAAAAAACGGCAACUUUUUUCCCCAAAAGCGAGCGCAACAAAAAUGUACACGAGGAUAACGACAAAUCUUUAUAGGAGGAGAUUUAGUAAAAUAUCGACCUUGAAUCCUCUCGGUGCCUUUGUUCUCCAUCACAUGCACGUUUUGAAACUGGAUGAAUCCCACCAACCUCGUCCCCCCCUGCCCACAUGCACGCACGGCCAAACCGAAAGCCCACUUCAUGCCACCGAAAGGUGAAAGGCGCCCCUCAAAACGGCGGCCCGCUCAGAAGGCUGCAGUAUUGGCGAUAAACUCUUAUCUAAUUUGGCUUGACUUUCUUGAUUUUACUUUUUGAACUUUUGUGUUUUCUCCUAAUCUCUUCUUUCUCUUUCUCUUCCUUUUGUUUGGAUUGUCUCAUCAUUCACUUUGGGAGCUUUGUUUGUGCAUAAUUGUCUUCCCAUUCUCACGAAUGGAGCUUAUAUAUAAAUAUAUAAAUAUAUAUAAAAUAAUUUUUAUGUUGUAAGUACAUUCUGUAUAUUUUUUUCUUUCCUGUUGAUGUUUAUUGGUUCUGGGUUCAAAGCAUGCAUGUGACCAUCUUCGUUGGGGGGUAGGGGACGAUGGCUAUUGGAAUACAUCUAAAUUUCUGAUAAUAAAUCUACUUAAAGAUAUUCGACCUGUAAAUUGAAAACUGAGAUGGAAAAUGGUGUAUUAUUGCAGAUGUGGAGCACGCCUUGUUGUAAUUUAAGAGCAGAAUGGAAAAUAAAAGACGAAAAACAAGCUUUGUGAUAUUAUGUGACAGUUGAUUUCAGUUGAUCUGCAUAGGGCAAAACAUUCCUCUAGCGGCCGCUUUAAACAAAAAAAACAUGGCAAUAAGAGAUCUCUAUUAAGUUAACAGUUGCUACUUUUAUUUUCUACUUCCUCAUAUACUUACCAGCUAUGCAAUGGGAAACAAUGUCACAUUUUAAUGGAAACACAAAGAAUCAAAAACUUAGGUGCUAUUUCCUCUCUUCUGUGGUGCUAUGUAUUUUUCUAGUUUGUGUUGUUUGUAUGAAAGACACAGUGGUGUCGCUCCCUCCGCCAUCGUCUCUUGACCUUUGACCUUGACACCCAGGAAGAUCUCCGCUGCGUCGAUAUUUAUGUUCAGGGGCUCACACAUGGCACACGCUUUCUACGCUAAUUGAUAAAUUGAUUGUCUUCGGUGGACCACACAUGCACAUCAAAAACCCUCAAUCUUCUCAAACGGCACAACCUGCUUUGCAUAUGAUUGGUCCAGGACAAGGGAUUCUACCUUUCUUGUCAUCGUGUUAAGGGGUGCCUUAAAGAUCAUGUGAAGCACAUCAAACAGCUCCGUGUUGUUGCUUGUGUUGAGAGGCGGGUUUCUAUUCUAUUGUGACAGGGCCAAAUGAUGUUAUCCCAGUGUCCAAUGCACGUAGCCAUGGUAAUGUUUGUUGACCAACCCUCAACGCCUCCACCAAAGAUUUGUUGUUGUUUUUGGCUGUUUUGUGUUUUUACAAAAGCUUUACGUACCAAUGAUAGUCGAAAACCGUGUUGUUUAGGAAGCAGCUCGGGGGGGAAACGCUCUUCGCAUCAUUUUAUGUUAAGAUCUAUCUUGCUGCAAGGCAUACAUUAUGUUUAACGUACAAACAGCAUCCAGAGUGGCCAGACAGAAGGCUUGUGUCUGUACUUCUUUUCAUGCUUAUUUGGUCUACUUUGUUCUGCCCUUAUUCUGGUUUUAUUAUCUUCCUUUAAACUAUGCACUCUGUAACGCUUGUGACCACUAGUACCUGCCGACCACAGAACCUUUACCAGCUUUUAUGUAGUUUGCAUUUGAUUUGUUGCUCUAUUUUUUCAUACCUUAACAUAUGUGACUUGAACCAUUUCUUUUAAGAUUACUCAAUACUCUUGUAGACCAUUUCUUUCAUUUUGAUGAAAUAUGCCAAAUUUUACACAUCUCUAAAAAGAUUCUCUCAAUAAGAAGAAUAAACAAUUUUGUACAUUUACGAAACCAGCAAUGAUGCUGCCACUUUUUUGUUGUUUUAAUUUCUUCUUUUUUUUUGUUUGUCCGUUGAUUGUUUGUUUGUUUUUCACAGUUUUGUCAAACCUGUGUAAAGGAAAAGAGGAUAGAAGAUAUAUUGGUUUUUAUUAUCAAUAAAUUCAAGUUUACUGUGGCCAUCCACUCUUGUAUGUCUUUUGAAGCAUUAAAACCUAUCUGUAUGCAUGAAAUUGUAAAGUUCUUUCUCUUGUUGUUGUUAAAUAUAUAUAUAUAUAUAUAGAUCUAUAUAUAAAUAUAUAUAUAGAUCUGUAGAUAUAUAUGUAUGACAUGAUCUACAUCCAAGGUUUUCAUUGGUCAGAAAACCAACCGUUUUUCAUUGCCAGAGAUGAGUUGAAAGGUCAUGUCCAGCGAUUGUGAAGUGGAGAGAGAAUGCUGAUAUUGUAACUCUCUGCAAACACCAAUGUUCAUUUGGAGAAUAUUUAUUGUAUUAUUUAAAAUAAAUAAUAAAUGUUAAAUGACACCAUA